CAGCAACCGGCGAAUAGAGAAGAGACAGCGAGAGAGAGCGAACAGGCUGCUUGAGUUCGAAUUUUUUCUAUCGGAGAAUUUUUCUUUAUCUGUGGCAGUAAAAGAAACCUCCAUAUGGUUAUCAUGAAGUCUUUUGCUGUGUUCUUGCUGGUCGUUGCCAGCGUUUAUGCUGACGACGAUGACAAAAGAGAAGAUGUUGGGACAGUGGUUGGAAUUGAUCUGGGCACCACUUACUCAUGUGUUGGAGUGUUCAAGAAUGGCCGUGUUGAGAUAAUUGCAAAUGACCAGGGCAACCGUAUUACACCUUCUUAUGUGGCAUUCACUCCAGAGGGAGAACGUCUUAUCGGAGAUGCUGCCAAGAAUCAGUUGACCUCCAACCCAGAGAACACUGUUUUUGAUGCUAAGCGUCUUAUUGGCCGCACAUGGAAUGACCCCUCUGUUCAGCAGGACAUAAAGUACCUGCCUUUCAAGGUUCUUGAGAGGAAGACCAAGCCAUACAUCCAAGUAGAUAUUGCAGAUCAGGUGAAAACCUUUGCUCCUGAAGAAAUUUCUGCUAUGGUUUUGGUUAAAAUGAAGGAAACCGCUGAAGCAUAUCUUGGUAAAAAGGUUACUCAUGCUGUGGUCACUGUACCAGCUUAUUUCAAUGAUGCCCAGCGUCAGGCCACAAAGGAUGCCGGCACUAUUGCAGGGUUGAAUGUGAUGAGGAUAAUCAAUGAGCCGACAGCUGCUGCCAUUGCUUAUGGUCUGGACAAGAAGGAAGGAGAAAAAAAUAUCCUUGUCUUUGAUUUGGGUGGCGGCACCUUUGAUGUGUCUUUACUCACCAUUGACAAUGGUGUGUUUGAAGUGGUGGCUACAAAUGGAGACACUCAUCUUGGAGGUGAAGACUUUGAUCAGCGAGUCAUGGAGCACUUUAUAAAGCUGUACAAGAAGAAGACUGGCAAGGAUGUCAGGAAAGACAAUAGAGCUGUGCAGAAACUGCGUCGAGAGGUGGAAAAGGCAAAGAGGGCUCUGUCCGCUCAGCAUCAAUCCAGAAUUGAGAUUGAAUCUUUCUUUGAGGGAGAGGACUUCUCAGAAACUCUGACCCGGGCCAAGUUUGAAGAGCUGAACAUGGAUCUCUUCCGUUCCACCAUGAAACCAGUUCAAAAAGUGCUAGAAGAUGCUGACCUGAAGAAGUCUGACAUUGAUGAAAUUGUUCUCGUGGGAGGUUCAACUCGUAUCCCCAAGAUCCAGCAGUUGGUGAAGGAAUUUUUCAAUGGCAAAGAACCAUCCCGUGGUAUCAACCCUGAUGAGGCUGUUGCAUAUGGUGCUGCUGUUCAGGCAGGAGUACUUUCUGGCGAUCAGGAUACUGGUGACUUGGUACUUCUUGAUGUGUGCCCUCUUACUCUUGGUAUUGAGACUGUGGGAGGUGUCAUGACUAAACUUAUACCCAGGAACACAGUUGUGCCUACCAAGAAGUCACAGAUCUUCUCUACAGCCUCUGACAACCAGCCUACUGUUACCAUUAAGGUUUAUGAAGGGGAACGCCCAUUGACAAAGGAUAACCAUCUUCUGGGCACUUUUGAUCUCACUGGGAUCCCUCCAGCUCCUCGUGGUGUCCCACAGAUUGAAGUCACCUUUGAGAUUGAUGUGAAUGGAAUCUUAAGAGUAACUGCAGAGGACAAAGGCACAGGCAACAAGAACAAGAUCACAAUUACAAAUGAUCAGAACCGUCUGACACCAGACGAAAUUGAGCGCAUGGUCACUGAUGCUGAGAAAUUUGCAGAGGAAGACAAGAAGUUAAAAGAACGUAUUGAUUCUCGAAAUGAGUUGGAGAGCUAUGCUUACUCCCUAAAGAAUCAGAUUGGAGACAAGGAAAAGCUUGGUGGAAAACUGUCCUCUGAGGACAAGGAGACCAUUGAAAAAGCAGUUGAAGAGAAGAUUGAGUGGUUGGAAAGUCAUCAAGAUGCAGACAUUGAAGAUUUCAAGGCAAAAAAGAAGGAGCUAGAAGAAAUUGUUCAGCCCAUAGUUGGUAAACUUUAUGGUGGAGCCGGUGCACCACCUCCUGAGGGAGAAGAAACUGAGAAGGAUGAAUUGUAGGCAUGCUGGUUGUCUGUUUACUGUAAUAUUGUAAAUACUGGACUUCAAGAACAUUUUUGAAGAACAUUUGAAUGGAGAACUCUAAUGUGUGUGUGAAUUCUUCACUCUCCAGUGGAGACAAAUGCUAAGCCUUAAUGGCUGUUUACUGCUUUUCAUUAGCAGUUGUUCACCCAAAUCAUUAUUUUUGUUGCGGUUUGGUUCCCUUUUUUGGGGGGUGGGGGUCUGGUAUUUCUUGGUUCAACAUUGUUUAAAAUCCACUCAGAUGUUUUAUUUAUUUGGAAAUGGUCAGGCACAUUAUAUGUAGUACUUUUUUCUACUACCAUUGACCACAAUAAAUGUUUGAUAAUUA